UUGACGAUUGCGUUACCGUCCUUCCACGUCGCAAGCAGGGAUGGUAGUCAGAUGUGCUAUUGCGAAGCAGUGUGGUCAAGUGUUGAUUUGAAGUGAGUGUUCGGGAAGUGGAAUAAAUCGAUAUUCAUAACAGAAAAGUUAGUUUUAAAACAUCGCAACGAAAUGAAGACACAUAGCAUUUUUUUGUUACUUUUUAUUUCAACAAUUACUCUCACAUUCAACAAAGUUUAUGCUCAAGAAGAUGAAAAUAUAGAUGAUAUCGUAGAUAUUGAAGGAGAAGAUAAUUCUGUAAUAACAGAUGAAGAACCAGAAGAUGAAACAACCACAGCUUCAUCUGAUGCUGAUACAACAAUAUUAUUUACUAAACCAGUUUAUAGUGGAUUAUCAACAUUAGAACUACCAGCUGGAAAUUUAGUUGAAUUUCUUGUUGGUUUUACCAAUAAAGGUGAAUCAGAUUUUGUUCUGGAAUCAUUGGAUGCUUCUUUCCGUUAUGCAAUGGACUUCAACUUUUACAUUCAAAACUUUUCAACUGUUGCAUAUAAUAAAAUUGUAAAACCAAAACAUGAAGCAACAUUAGCAUAUUCAUUUAUUCCGUCAGAAAAUCUUGCUGGAAGACCUUUUGGCUUUAAUGUCAAUCUGAAUUAUAGAGAUACAAAUGGUAUUGGCUUCAGUGAAGCUGUUUACAAUGAAACAGUGCAAAUAAUAGAAUUAGAUGAUGGUCUGGAUGGAGAAACAAUUUUCCUAUAUGUAUUUCUGGCAGCAUGCGUGAUAUUGAUACUUGUAGGAGGACAGCAGCUGCUGUCAUCUCUUGGUCGUAAAUCUCGAUCUUCUAACACUCGUAAAACACCUGUAGAAAUGGGUACAUCCAAUCCUAAUAAUGUAGAUUAUGAUUGGUUGCCAAAAGAAACAUUAAAUAGAAUUAAUAAAUCUCCUAAAACUCCUAGACAAAGCCCUAGGCAACGGAAAGUUAAGAGAACGGCUGAUGAUUAAGUUACGUUGAUAUGUGCGUGUGUGAUUACUGUGUGUAAAUAAGAAGUAUGGUUUUAUAUUUGUAAUAAUUCCUUAGCAACAAAUUUUCAUAUUUUUGCAUCCAUGAUGUAUUAAAGUAAAAAUUCAACAUCGUUAUUGUAUGUAUAUUCAAAAU